GAGUGUUAGCAGAUUUAAUUCCGCACUCGAGCGUUGACUGUGAUAGCAGGCGCCUGUGUCUUGUGUAAGGUGUUUUUCUAGAACUAAGUUGUGUCAUUAUAACAAUGGAUUUCAAAGAUAAAGUUGUUCUUAUAACCGGUGCGAGCUCUGGGCUCGGAGCAGCUAUCGCAAUUUAUAUGUCAAAGCUAUCAGCAAAAUUGGUUUUAAUCGGACGAAAUGAGAAAAAUUUGAAAGCCGUCGCCCAACAAUGUGAAAAGUCAAAAGGAAUCAAAGCUCUCCCUGUAAUAGCUGAUGUAUCCAAAGAAGCAGAUGUGGAAAGAAUUGUGAAAGAAGCGAUAAAACACUUCGGUAAAUUGGAUGUUCUUGUUAAUAAUGCCGGUGUGACAGAAAUGGGUGGUAUUAAGGACACCACAUUGGCAAAAUAUGAUAAGAUAAUGUCUAUUAAUGUUCGAGGAGUUCUCCACCUGACAAUGCUUGCGGUUCCUCAUCUGAUCAAGACCAAAGGGAACAUUGUGAAUAUAUCCAGCAUUGCUAGUACCAAAGCUUUCCCUGCUAUGACGCCCUACUGCAUGUCAAAAGCGGCAUUGGACCACUUUACGAAGUGCAUUGCUUUAGAUUUAGCUGCAGACGGCGUACGCGUGAAUGCAGUAAACCCCGGCCUGGUGAAAACUAAUAUUUUGAGUGCCAUCGGUUUCUCUGAUGCUGAUUUUGAUGCAUUUGCCAAAGAAGCAGUUGAAACCACUCCAUUAAAGAAGUUAACUGAAGCCGAUGAUAUCGCAGCUAUGGUGGCUUUCCUUGCUAGUGAUUGUGCUAAGAGUAUUACUGGAUGUACGCACCCUAUUGAUGGUGGUAAAUUGUUGGGAUAAUUUCAUUUAUAACAGUAUUAAAAACAUUAAAUUAUACGCUUGAAA